GUACUAGGACCCACGUGUAAAACAAACAUGAAGUUCGCAAUAGUUUUACUGAUAAGUGUGGCUGUAUGCCGUGGUGACGACCUCACCUCUGCGGCCGGGCAGAUCUUUCAAAACAUCCUACCUAAUUUGAUUGGCAACCAAGUAAAAAACCAGAAUCAAGGGAACUCAGCUACGAGCACAUUUGAACAAAUAGGCACUGUAGUCGGAGGAGUGGUUGAUUAUGCAAAGAAAAAGAGCUACGAGGACCUCCUACGUCAAGUCCAAGACCAAACAUCCGACGAUGAUCUGCUACGACUCAGCGAGGAGAUGUUUAAUGCGGAUAUCAACAACGCUUUCAACUACAUUCAGGUCAAUUUGCAAGGGAAAACCAGUCCUAUGUCCAAGAACGACGAGGCGCAAUCUAAACUGUUGGACGUACCACAAAACGUAUGGAACGGUCCUACUAUCAAACCCUUCGUAGCACUCUUCGAUAACUACCACAAAAACGUGAUAAGACCCGAAUUCGCCACGCCAAAUGAAGAAUCGGAACAAACGACAUUCAUAAACACGAUUUUGGCCACUGGACCUAUCCGCAGUUUUAUGGCUCACCUGGUCAAUAAAGGUCUAAACCAAUUCAACGAAUACAGCGAGCAAGUAGAUCUGUUCAAAAAGAUCUGGUUCACCAAGUACGCGCGCCACUGGACUGGGCUAUGCAAGUGCAGCUGUGCCUUUGAGAACGUCUUUAUGGCUGAACUUAAGGGCGACCAAGUAUUAGGCCUCCACAGCUGGUUGUUCUUUGCACAGCGUGAGCAGGACGGCAAGGCCAACUACCUCGGCUACAUCGACAAACUCGACCUCUCCGGAAAAGGCUUGAUCCUCAAGCAACAUUCCAUUCUCAGCGAAACCAAAGACGCUCCUGAAAUUAAGAUGUUCGUAGGCACAUCGCCCGAACUUGAAACAGCGCUAUACACACUCUGCUUCAUGGCCCGCCCGGACAGGCCAUGCAGACUACGUGUCAACAAUAUACCAUUUACCAUUCAAACUAAGUCGAUUAAGGCUGAAAAUACGAUUGUUAUUGACACUGCUUAUCCUGAAUUUUAAGUCCAAUUGCAUUACGUCAUUCGUGCCCAAUUGAGCACAUAAACAAGAUGGAAUCUUCGAAAAUGUUUUUGUUUAAGUAUUUAAGAAACGUUAAGUUAUUAUUUUUUUGAGAUUAUAAAUAAAAUACUACAAGAAUUUGUUUAGAACUACAUAUUAUCAUUACUAGUUUCAUGCAUAUAUAUUUAUUGUUAUCUGAACAUGAAAGAGCUCUCUAAACACAUAAGAAAUGCAAGUUACCACUUAUUAAAAUGGAUUCAGUUUAAAUAUACUCGUGUUUGUAAUAAUCAGUGUUUUGACUUGACCUUUGAUACUCACGAUUAUUUCUUAUCUCAAUAGGUCAAUUUUAAGAUAAAUGCUUCUUUGUGUACUAUAAACGUAUGUGAUAUAAUGCUUAUAUUCGUAAGCAUUA